CCAUGCCUUGCGCCGCCUUCAGUCUUCCCGGGUUUCGAGGGAGGAAAUUCCUACUUGGGAGCUCGGAAGGCGCUGGGAGCAGGAGGCUGGCUCCCCGCGGCUGCAACAGCGCUGCAGCUGCUGUUCUGUGCGUUCCAGCCUCCGGUGCCUGCAAACCCGGGCCCCUCUGCGCGUUGCGUGGGGCCGAGGCGGCCCGAGUCCACGCCCGAAGCCCGGGGCCGUUGUGUCCUCGCCAGGGCCGAGCUUGGGCCUGCGCUUCCCGAGACCAGGCCCGGCUGAAGCUCGGAGGAGCUCCCUUCGGCCUGGCGGCCCCACAAAAUGCCCGACCCCGGGCUGGAGGGCGGAGGAAGCCGGCGAACGCGCGCCCCGGGCGGCGGCAGAGCGCGGGCCGCCCGCACCCGGGAGCGCGGCUCUCUCGGAACGGCGGCGGCGGCGCUUCCCUGCCCGGCUGGCUUUUUGUUCUUAAGGGUACUGAAGGUGGAGGAAGACGGGAGGACUCUGACUGCUUAAAGGACCUUUAAUUUUAAGGCCUGAACCAGAUAAAAGAUGAACGCGAAUGCUCUCUCUGCAAAUCUUUCCCCUCCGAAGUGGCUGGUUUUGCAAGAGGCGGGUUGCUCAGCCGCAGCCGUGCUGCCUGCGGAACCUGCGGGUUUUCAGAGACACAGCUCUGAUGACCUCCUGUAAUUCGACGGAGAGAAAAAAAAAUUCUCCAAAGGACACUAGGUUUUUGUUUUGUUUCUGGUUCCUACCCAAUGGCUUCCAAAAAUACCCAGGCCUUAUCUUUAUUGGCUCUUCCAGAAGUCCAGACAAAUUUGACGGGCAGCUGGCUUAUCCAGGGGGGCCUGCGCAGGGCAGAUGCGGGCUUGCCUCCUCCGGGUCUGACGCGAGGUGGUUGUGCGUGAUCAUAAACGCUGGACCCCGCGCGGUCACAGGGCCCCGGGCACACCAUGGCCGACGCAGACGAGGGCUUUGGCCUGGCGCACACACCCCUGGAACCUGACUCAAAGGAUCUCCCCUGUGACUCAAAGCCAGAGAGCACGCUAGGGGCCCCCAGCAAGUCCCCAUCGUCCCCACAGGCCGCCUUCACCCAGCAGGGCAUGGAAGGGAUCAAGGUGUUUCUCCACGAAAGAGAGCUGUGGCUGAAAUUCCACGAAGUGGGCACGGAGAUGAUCAUAACCAAGGCCGGCAGGCGGAUGUUUCCCAGUUACAAAGUGAAGGUGACUGGCCUUAAUCCCAAAACGAAGUACAUUCUCCUCAUGGACAUCGUCCCCGCCGACGACCACAGAUACAAGUUUGCAGAUAAUAAAUGGUCGGUGACUGGCAAAGCGGAGCCCGCCAUGCCGGGCCGCCUGUACGUGCACCCGGACUCGCCGGCCACCGGGGCGCACUGGAUGCGGCAGCUCGUCUCCUUCCAGAAGCUCAAGCUCACCAACAACCACCUGGACCCGUUUGGGCAUAUUAUUCUAAAUUCCAUGCACAAAUACCAGCCCAGAUUACACAUCGUGAAAGCUGACGAAAAUAAUGGAUUUGGCUCAAAAAAUACUGCUUUCUGCACCCACGUCUUUCCUGAGACGGCGUUUAUCGCGGUGACUUCCUACCAGAAUCACAAGAUCACCCAGUUAAAGAUCGAGAACAAUCCCUUCGCCAAAGGCUUCCGGGGCAGCGACGAUAUGGAACUGCAUAGAAUGUCAAGAAUGCAAAGUAAAGAAUAUCCCGUGGUUCCCAGGAGCACAGUGAGACAGAAAGUGGCCUCCAACCACAGCCCUUUCAGCAGUGAGCCUCGAGCUCUCUCCACCUCAUCCAACUUGGGGUCCCAGUACCAGUGCGAGAAUGGUGUGUCAGGACCCUCCCAGGACCUUCUGCCCCCACCUAAUCCAUACCCACUGCCCCAGGAGCACAGCCAAAUAUACCAUUGCACCAAAAGGAAAGCAGAUGAAGAAUGCUCCACCGCAGACCAUCCCUACAAGAAGCCCUACAUGGAGACAUCGCCCAGCGAAGAAGACCCAUUCUAUCGCCCCAGCUACCCCCAGCAGCAGGGCCUGAGUGCCUCCUACAGGACAGAGUCAGCCCAGCGCCAGGCCUGCAUGUAUGCCAGCUCCGCACCGCCCAGCGAGCCUGUGCCCAGCCUGGAGGACAUCAGCUGCAACACGUGGCCCAGCAUGCCUUCCUACAGCAGCUGCACGGUCACCACCGUGCAGCCCAUGGACAGGCUACCCUACCAACACUUCUCGGCUCACUUCACCUCGGGGCCUCUGGUCCCCCGGCUGGCUGGCAUCGCCAACCACGGCUCCCCCCAGCUCGGGGAGGGGAUGUUCCAGCACCAGACCUCCGUGGCCCACCAGCCUGUGGUCAGGCAGUGUGGGCCUCAGACUGGCCUGCAGUCCCCUGGCGGCCUGCAACCAUCUGAGUUCCUCUACUCCCAUGGCGUGCCAAGGACCCUGUCCCCACACCAGUACCACUCGGUGCAUGGGGUUGGCAUGGUGCCAGAGUGGAGCGAGAAUAGCUAAAGCGAAGCCUGCUUCCUUAACAGACAUUUGCUAGAGAGAGAGGAGAGAGAGAAAGAGAGAGAGAGAGAGCAGGAGAGAGACAGUAGCCGAGAGAACCCCACAGACAAGGUAUUUCAUUUCACCCCAGAUUCACGCCUGCACUUGAGACCCCCAGACACUGAUCUAAUCAGUAGCCUGAAACCACAGUUCAAAAAAUGUGACUUUGUCAUUUCGUCUCAAAACUAAAAAAAAAAAAAAAAAAAAAAAAAAAAAAAAGAACAACAAAAUUGAGUCCCAUUCCCACCACAACCACCACAGUCAUCCAUGGGCCACAUUCACACCACCUCCGGAGGGCCUCCCGGAUUCCUUCUUUUGGUCUCCAGCAAGUCUUGCCUCAUCGAGUGUGUUAUCCUAAUGCAGUUGGAGUCUUUUCCUGUCUUGCUGUUAAUGUUGACAUUGUUAUAUAAUAAAUAAUAAUAUAUUUUUUUCUUUCAA